AUCUUCGGAAAAAACAAUUGUUUGUUGUAGUUGUGAGGAUAAUUUUUAUCUGAUUAAUGUGGAUGUAUUUGAUUAAUUGAUAACUCUUGUAGUUCAAAAUGAAUAUAUGAAGCAAACUGAUCACAUCCAUGACCUAAAACUUUGGAAAAUAUAUGCUUCGACACUCUCUGAAAAGCAAUCUCAUGGCUUCUUCAAUCCAACCCUAUCACUUAAACUCAUCAUCUUGUUUAACAACCUUGCCAAAUUAUCAAAUGUUUAAAACUACCCAUUUCAACUUCCCCAUUAAAAGCUCUAAACUUGAAACAAAACCCAUUAAUGGAAGAUCAUUAAAAGAAAUUUGCAAACAGGGUAAUUUAAAGGAAGCUUUUCAGUCAUUAACCCAAUAUUUGUCCCAACAAAAUGUAACCCAAUUUUCACCUGAUGAAGCAUAUUCAUCAGUUCUUGAGCUUUGUGCAGAGAAGAAAGCUUUAUUGGAAGGGAAACAGAUUCAUGCCCAUGUUAUAACAUCAAAUGGGCAUGGUAAUUUAGUGUUUUUGAGAACUAAGCUUGUGUUUUUGUAUGGGAAAUGUGGGGAGGUUUUGGAUGCUUACAAGGUGUUUGAUGAAAUGCCUCAAAGAAGUAUAUUUUCUUGGAAUGCUAUGCUUGGUGCUUAUGUUUCCAAUGGGAAGCCUUGGGAAGCACUUGAAUUGUACCGUGAGAUGCGGGUUCUUGGGGUGAAUGUUGAUGCUUGCACUUUCCCUUGUGUUCUUAAAGCUUGUGGCUUGAUUAAGGACCUAAAAUUGGGAACUGAGAUUCAUGGUUUUGCAUUUAAAUCCGGGUGUGAUUCAAAUGGUUUUGUUGUGAAUGCUCUUGUGAGUAUGUAUGCUAAAUGUGAAAAUACUGUUGGUGCAAGGCAGUUAUUUGACAUAAUUCAAGAAAGAGAGGAUGUUGUGCUAUGGAAUUCGAUCAUUUCAGCGUAUUCUGCGAGUGGGAAGCCUGUGGAAGCGUUGGCGCUUUUCAGAGAGAUGGAGAAGGAUGGUGUUAGCAUGAAUAGUUAUACUUAUGUUUGUGCACUACAAGCAUGUGAGGAGCCAUUCAGGAGACUAGGGAUGGAGAUUCAUGCUUCGAUUUUGAAGAAGAAUAAUCAUAUGCAUCUGUAUGUGGCCAAUGCGUUGCUUGUUAUGUAUACAAGGUGUGGAAGAAUGAGAGAAGCAGCUCACAUCUUCAAGAGGAUGACUGAGAAGGAUAGUAUAUCAUGGAACUCUAUGCUUUCUGGUCUUGUACAGAAUGGCUUCUAUACUGAGGCUCUUCAGUUUUUUCAUGAAACGCUGGCGGCAGGACAGAGAGCAGAUCAAGUCUCUUUGAUAAGUAUUCUUGGAGCUUCUGGAAGGUUAAAGUACUUGAUGAACGGAAUGGAAGUUCAUGCUUAUGCUGUGAAAAAUGGAUUAGAUGUUGAUAUUCAAGUUGCAAAUUCCCUAAUAGAUAUGUAUUCCAAAUGUUGUCACACAACUUUUAUGGAAUGUGUUUUUAGAAGUAUGCCCAGUAGAGAUGUUAUUUCUUGGACUACAGUUAUAGCUGGCUAUGCUCAAAACUAUUAUCAUACUAAAGCCUUGGAUGUUUUCCGAGAAGUACAGGUUGAAGGGGUUGAAAUUGAUGCUAUGAUGAUUGGAAGUGUCCUGCUUGCUUGCACGUCAUUGAGACGACUUAACCAUGUAAAAGAGACACAUAGUUAUAUCUUGAGAAAUGGGCACUUCGAUUUAGUGUUGAGUAACACGCUUGUAGAUGCGUAUGGAGAAUGCAACAAUAUAGAAUCGGCCUCUCGGUUGUUUGGGUUAAUUGAAAACAAAGAUGUUGUUUCUUGGACAAGCAUGAUUUCAGCUUAUGUUGAUAGUGGACUUAGAAAUGAAGCUCUAAGUCUUUUUCGUUCGAUGAGAGAAGAUAAACUGAAACCAGAUUUUGUGGCAUUAAUCAGCAUACUCUCAGCCACAGCUUCUCUUUCUGCCUUGAAGAUAGGGAAAGAAGUCCACGGAUUCCUAAUCAAGCAACGGUUUCUUUUAGAGGGAUCUGUUGCUAGCUCUCUUGUUGAUAUGUAUGCACGAUGUGGGACACUGGAGAAUGCAUUUAAGGUGUUUAAUGUUGUCAAUCAUAAGGAUACUGUUCUAUGGACUUGUAUGAUCCAUGCGAGUGGUAUGCAUGGCCGUGGCAAAGAAGCCACUGAAUUGUUCGACAAGAUGGUGAUGGAAGAUACACAGCCAGAUCAUGUUACAUUCUUGGCACUUCUUUACGCAUGUAGCCACUCAGGGAUGAUUGAUGAAGGUAAAAAGUAUAUAGAAAUCAUGAAACAUAACUAUAGCCUAGAACCAUGGCCUGAACACUAUGCCUGUAUGGUUGACCUCCUAGGCCGAGCAAAUCGUCUGAAAGAGGCAUAUCAGUUUGUGAUUAGCAUGCCUAUUGAACCUAAUGCCGUUGUCUGGUGUGCUCUUCUUGGGGCUUGUCAUGUUCACUCCAAUAAUAAAUUGGGAGAUAUCGCUGCUGAAAAGUUGUUGAAUUCAGAACCAGGGAAUCCGGGAAAUUAUGUACUAGUGUCCAAUGUCUUUGCUGCAGCCGGAAGGUGGGAUGAUGUCGAGUUGAUACGAGGGCGAAUGAAGGAAAGAGGGUUAAAGAAGGAUCCAGCUUGCAGUUGGAUAGAGAUAAGAGGUAAGGUCCAUAAUUUCAUGGCAAGGGACAAGAACCACCCACAAACUCGCCAAAUAUACGAAAAACUAGACGAAAUUAUAGAGAUAUUAAACAAGGAAGGAGGUUACAUUGCUCAAACUAAGUAUGUUUUGCAUAAUGUUGAUGAGGAAGAGAAAAUCAGGAUGCUGUAUGGUCACAGUGAAAGGUUGGCAAUUGCAUACGCGCUCCUUGAGUCUCCUAAGGGAGCACCUAUACGAGUUACCAAGAAUCUUCGUGUAUGUGGUGAUUGUCAUGUGUUCAUAAAAUUAGUGUCUAAAUUUUUUCAUAGGGAAAUCAUCAUAAGGGAUGCUAGCAGAUUUCACCAUUUUCAUCAAGGAAGUUGCUCUUGUCAGGAUUUCUGGUGAUGGCUCAGUGCAUCAAUACAUACACACUGGUCACUGGUCAGUGCAUUUCAUA